GUAAAACAAGAUUCCCAUCAGCAGCAUCAAUGAUCCAAACAUGAACAUUAUGACCUUAGCCAAGCGGUUUAUAUCUGUACAGCGGUUUGGUUUCCCCCAGAUGGUUAUAUUUUCUGCAAUCCAGCAAUUUUUAAACACAAAAUUUUCAGAAAUCUUUUCUGGUUGCCACACCAGUUUCGCUGAAGUGACAAAUUCUAGAUCAGACAGAAACCAAAGGGAGACAGAAAGAGAAACAAAGACAGCUCAGAGAAGUGUGACUGUGUAAUUACAUCAGUUAUUAAAUGAUUAACAAUGAACAUCUGUGGAUGGAUUAACCAGCUGCUGGAGAUGGUUUAGGAUACUCAGAAUGUGUGUUUUUGCAAGUGGACACAGCUCUGCAUGUGCAUUUUUUCUCCCUUUAAUGUUUAUUUUUUUCUCGAGCUAGUGUGACAAAUUGGUGUCAGAAUCUUUGCAGGGAGGUGUUGCAAUGCAAUGCAAAAAAGGUUCCGCAAGCAGACACUGCUCUGUCAGUUCAUGUAGCAUUUAGAACAUCUUCUUUGUCCUUUUUGGCCUAUACAUAUAUGAAUGAAGUCAGGAUUCAGAUCUUUUUGUGAUUUAAUCAGAAGUCACUUGAUUGACCUUUUCCACAAGUCCUUCUUCUCCUGAGAUCUAAGGAAUCUAAAGAUCUAAGAACUUUUUCAAAAUCUGUUCCCAUUUCUGAGGGAAUUCUUUGUCUUUUGAGUUCAGGGAUGAACUGUUGUUGAACCUGAGGCCACACUGAAUACAUUUCCCUCUGCAGUAUUCAGAGAAAGUGACAGAAUGAACAAAAUAGUCUGAUUUCUUUCUUUUUGAGAUCUUCAAGGUCUCUGGAGAGAGACUGGGAGAAUUAUGCCUAUGGCUGACAAAUGUCCUUAAAAAGGGGUACUGUGCAGCUUCUUCUUCAGUGUAUGUAAGAGUCUCUGAUCUUGUCAGCCUACUGGCACUCUCAAAAGAGGAUUCUUUCCACCUGCAGCAGAGAACAACAGCCGAGAUUCAGGCUUGCGCAUUCAGUCUUGCAGAAAUCUAAUCGACGCAGGAUAAUCCAAGCAAAACACGGCUGAAACAGGUACAUCUCACCUCAGGGACUUCAAAUUUCCAAAGCAGAGAAAUGCUCAGGUCACUCGUAAUUUCUUCACCCUGUCAGAAUUGCCCAAAGACGGGAAAUAUACGAGGAAAAGACGAAAAAGGAUGUUUAAAACAGUGUUUCCCAGAAGGCUGUAUGUUUGCUGAUUCGCAGGGGAAGUCUGAUAGUAAUCUGGGGCAGUGGGCGGGUUAAAACUGUCAACCACAGCAUUCAUGCUGUCAGUAUAUAUAUUAAAGGGCACCACAGUGAUAGCUGAACUCCGGAGGCUGGUCUGACUGAACAAAUAGAGAGGAAGUCAGUCAACAAAGCCUGUGCUUGCUAGCAUCUCUCUCCAGCCAACCUGCUCAGCUGUUACAGGAUGUCUCAGAGGAUUUUACUGCAGUCCUCUACAGGAGCUCUGUUUCUGCUGCUCUCCUGGUCUGUUGGCCUCGUCAUCGGAGAGGUCGGCACCAACUUCUCCAACUGCCUCAAUUUCUUUUACAAUGAAACUCCACCAACAUGGGACAAAGCACCAAGAUACCAGCCGAUAUGCCAGCGCUACAAAAACCAGUACCGCUUUGCCAGCCUGUAUGACCGUCAGCAUCGUGCACCUUUAUUCUCUGCGUACAUACUAAGUCCUGCAGAGGGUAAACGACCAAAUUCCAUUUGGAAAUAUGAACCACAGUUGGCGUUUUCCCGUGCGAGCCCAGAAAUGAAGCGUUUUAACAUCUCUGUUGAUCAGAAUGUGAUAGAAAGUCAGGCGGUGCUUCAGGAUUACAGGAACUCCAACUACACCAAAGGGCAUCUCAACCCCAGCAUGCACCAGAAGACCGAAGAGGACCGAGAGGCCACGUUUACCCUGACAAACAUCGUCCCUCAGCGGGCAGGCUCCAACUCUGGCCCCUGGAGCCGGCUGGAGGAAGAAGUGCUGAGAAGGUUCAAGGCCUACUGCGAAGGGCCGAUGUACGUGAUCACUGGUGGCAUGCCUUACGAGUCAGGAGCUCACUGGAUUAAUAACAGGGUGUCUGUUCCUGAGUACAUGUGGUCUGCUUACUGCUGCCCGUCAUACAAAGCCGGGCUUCCUGAAUCUGUGCAGCAGUUUUUCCCAACAUACGCUGCAGUGGGAAGAAAUGACCGGAACAGUGGAGAGGAGAUUGUGCCAGUUAAGAUGAAGGCGAAGGCGAACAUACGAGGCUAUGACGUGAGGCGGAUGCCUUUGGACACACUGGAGGGCAUCCUGCAGCGCAGACUGGCCAUGCCCAUCAGUCUGUUUGAUGUAAAGUGUCAGAAAUAAAGGGUUACAUGUUCAACUCCAGCAAGAGGCCAAGCAGAUUUCGCUCGACUUCCUCAUAAAUUCACUGCUGCAUUAAUUAUAGAAUGGGUGUUUGAUUAGCCAGGAUGUGAUGAUUGCCUGGUGAUGAGCUUAUUUGAUUUUUUCAAAUUGAUAUUUUCCUCUUGUAAAUGUCAUAUUUGGAUACCUUCAUUAAUUGCAUGGCUUACUAAUAAAACAAAACUGAAAUGUGCAAAAAGAAAA